CUUUGGGCUUACCCAUUCUUACAGCACUUCUCUCCACUCUCCUGUGGAGAUACAAAUUCCAACGGAACGUCUGAUCACAGGGAUCCCAAUUUUCUUCCAGGUACUACGCGGUACUUUCCUGUCUCGGUAAUUUCCCUUAAUUUCCUGUGCUCUAUAUAUGAAUCGGAAUCAAGUGAAUUGACUGUGAAUGAUAGGGAUAAAGGGAGGCUUAGGAAGGCGCAGGGAGAUGCAGGGAGAUGCAGGGAAAGGUAGGACCUGAACUCGGAAGAAUAUCAAAAUCCGUCGGUCGAUAGUGGCUGACAGCGGACGCUAUGUACCAGGCUGAGCCCAUACAAAAGAAGGCCUUUCACCCGCCUCACCUUCCCCACCCCCUCCUUUUCUUUGCUGGUCAAAGAAAGAAAUUUUCUAAGCCCUCUGUUCUACAUCCAACGCUGGUCGUUGACCGCUAUCAAUUCGUGUCUUUAUUCACCGAAUCUCUCGUCAUUAAACCCUCCCACGACUCGAGUGAUUCUCCCUUUCCUUUUCCUCCAACCCUCAUCGACAAGCCCAGUAUCCGCGGUGUCCGAGUCCUUCCUUGUUACCUAUCAAAACGUUAUUCGAGCCCUGCCCCUCUGCCCUUUAUGCGUCUGAAUCUUACCUUCCUCACCACCAUCGCGCUGGUGUCCUUUGCAUAUGCGGUCCCUGUUCCUCGUGAGGCUACCAGCCUACAACUACGUUCCGAUCCAUUAAAGGUGAUACGCGUAAGCGUCACCUACGACCCUGAGGGGCUCAUGGUGGACCAAGGGGACAGUGGAGCGGCUCAACUCCUGAUGAAAGUAGCUAUCAAUAAUGCAAUGGUUCCAAAGUUUACACGAGUCACCGAUGAGGCUUUCCAAUUUGAAACAACCGGCUUGAAGGACAAGGACAAGGCAAAGUUUACGCUUGAGGUAGAGGAGAAGAAAGGAAAGACGAAAACCUACAAAGGGGGGGAAUUGAAGAUUGAUACGAACCCUCUGCUGACGGACCCGAGGUACACGCGCCCGGAGUGCAUUCGGAAUGGGAGAGAAUGGGAGACCAUUUUACACGUCCCCAACGUCCUCAACUUCAAAAAUUACUGCACCGCACGCACCUAG